AUGAUUUUGGCAUUAGGAAGGACCUUAAGAGACAAGGAGAUAUCUGAUGAGGAAGAGUCUAGAGAUGGAGAUUCAGACGGGCUGGGUCUGGAGGGAUCUGAUGAGGAUGUCAUGAGUGCUGCUGAGCAAGAGGAGUGUGAUAAUGACAAGGACAGUAAUCCGGCCUGGAGGAAGAGCCGAAGCCGCCCUGGGAAAACACCAGGUUUUAGUGUCCAGAGCAUCAGUGACUUUGAAAAAUUCACCGAGGGAAUGGAUGACCUUGGUAGCAGUGAGGAGGAGGAAGAUGAAGAGGAGGAGGAGAGUGGCAUGGAAGAAGGGGAUGGGGAGGAAGACUCCGAGGGUGAGAGUGAGGAAGACAGGGCUGAAGACAGGAAUAGUGAAGAUGAUGGUGUAGUGAUGACCUUCUCCGGUGCCAGAGUUUCUGAGGAAGUGGAGAAAGGAAGAGCUGUGAAGAAUCAGAUAGCACUGUGGGACCAGCUCUUGGAAGGAAGGAUCAAGCUACAAAAAGCUCUGUUGACCACCAAUCAACUUCCUCAACCAGAUGUUUUCCCUAUUUUCAAGAACAAAGGUGGCCCAGAAUUUGCCAGCGCCCUAAAAAAUAGUCACAAGGCCCUUAAAGCAUUAUUGAGGUCAUUGGCAGAUCUUCAGGAAGAGUUACUUUUCCAGUACCCAGACACUAGAUAUUUAGUAGAUGGGACAAAGCCCAGAGCAGAAAGUGAGGAGAUUUCCAGUGAAGAUGAAGAGCUAGUAGAAGAGAAGAAGCAGCAGAGAAGGGCCCCAGCAAAGAGGAAGCUGGAAAUGGAGGACUAUCCCAGCUUCAUGGCAAAGCGUUUCUCUGACUUUACAGUCUACAGGAACCGCACACUUCAGCAGUGGCAUGAUAAAACCAAGCUGGCUUCUGGAAAACUGGGGAAGGGUUUUGGUGCCUUUGAACGCUCCAUCUUGACUCAGAUCGAUCAUAUUCUGAUGGACAAAGAAAGAUUACUUCGAAGGACACAGACCAAGCGCUCUGUCUACCGAGUUCUUGGCAAACCUGAACCGGCAACGCACCCUCUCCCAGAGAGUUUGCCAGGACAACCGGAGAUCCUUCCUCAAGCCCCUGCCAAUGCCCACCUGAAGGACUUGGAUGGUGAAAUCUUUGAUGAUGAUGACUUUUACCACCAGCUCCUUCGAGAACUCAUAGAACGGAAGACCAGCUCCUUGGAUCCCAAUGAUCAGGUGGCCAUGGGAAGGCAGUGGCUUGCGAUCCAGAAGUUACGAAGCAAAAUCCACAAGAAAGUAGAUAGGAAAGCCAGCAAAGGAAGGAAACUCCGGUUUCAUGUCCUCAGCAAGCUACUGAGCUUCAUGGCACCUAUUGACCAUACUACAAUGAAUGAUGAUGCCAGCAGUGUGUACUGUGUCAUGGUGAAGGAUUCUGGUGUAGUUUGCUUGGCAUUUGAGAGCACAUCAGCUAAUAACCCCAGAAAGGAUUACAGCUUUGCAUUAACUCGGAUUGACACAGUUUAUAAUUCGCUUGUUGAUACUCUGGUGGGCGGCAUCACGUUUGACCCCCCAGCAGUGCUGAGGGGAAAGGACCCCCAUAUAUCAUCAUUAAAGAUGGCGUCCAGCACAGAGAUAGGAGGCAUGGGGCCUUCCUCCUCCGGUAAUGUCAGAAAGGACAAAGGAAACAUUCUCAAGUUCAAAGCUGAGACGUGGGCCAGGGUUUUAAAACUGGAUUAG